AUGAAACAACGAAACUUUUCUCUAAGAAUAAGCUCGUAAGCCCGGAAACAUGCAGCGAGGUCUAGGAUUUGGUCAUGAGUAUAGAAUAAAUAAAUAAAAACAUUAAUAAAUAAGCGACCCAAAGAAAAUUAAAGGUCAGUGAAAGGUAUAAGCGCACGCGCAAAUUUUUAAUUAACUUGCGUCAUCUAUAUAGAUUUGACGUAAUAGGCCGACGUAAGGAGGACGCCUUAAUUAUUAGCUUUAGAAUUCAUGGGCCAGUUCUUCGAAAGGCGUUUAACUUUAGCAGCCAUCUAGCGUAUAAAUUCCCAAUCAAGCAGUAUUAGCUAACCAGUCGGUAAAAUUGCGUUGCACCAAGCCGGUUAGAACUAGGUUUAACUAUAUAACUGCAGGUUAAAAUAGAGGCUGAUUAGAGGAGAGGUUUUAUACGAUAACCAGUAUUUAAACUGGUUUCCCAAUCCCGCGCAACUGUCAGCAAACUCGAAUAGUCAUUCUCCUUCUCCAUUAGUAGAGAGAUUAUAGGCUACAUUAUUUUAAACAAGUUGCCUUAUUGUAUAUAGUUUGUGUAUAUGCUCGGUCCCGUUUGGUUGGAUAUCUAUUUCACUUUAUAGCACAUCUUCUCGUCUCUUAGAUGUAUUUUUUUAAGCUCCGUGUGUGUGUUUUUGUUGUACGACCUUUUAUUUCUUCAUAUUUCUUUCAGGAAUCUACAUUCUGACAAAUCUCAGAGCUCUAACAAGGUGAGAACAAGAUCUGUUUUUCUUUAAUUUUCUGUUACAAAAAUGGACAGAGUGGUAUAAAUUUAAUGAACAAUUCUUGUACUAUUUACAGGAUAGAACCUUGUCUUGGAAGUCUGGGAUAUCUGAUGACGACGAGUGUGAAAAAUUCCUGAGGUAUAGCGAGAUAUCUUUUCUUUCACUUUAUAGCAUAGAUCUUGUCGCUUGUAAGGUGUACAUUUUUUUAAGUUCCUUGUGUCUUUUUGUUGUACUGAUUCCUUAUAUUUCUUUUUAAUUCGCACAGGAAUCUACAUCCUGAAAAACCUAAGAGCCUUCAUAAGGUGAGAAGAAGAUCUGAUCAUUUUCUAUUAUCGCGUCGCUAUUGAAUUAUUUGCUUUAAUUAAGUCACGGUGUAGCCUGCCUCGCAGAGGCUAGUACGUCCAGCUUGAAAAUUAAAGAUUUAACUUGAAUAAACCAUUGUUUUAGCUUUGGUUAUUGGAUGACGACGAGUUUGAAAAAUUCCUGGGGUUAUCUGAUGACGAGUUGGUAAAAUCGCCGAGGUAAAAUUGUUAUUUGGCUGGCCAUACAUUAUAUAGACUUUGUGUUACUUUAGUCUUUGGGAGAUUACCUUGCUUGUCUGUAAUUAAACCUGACAUCCAGUCGAUGUAAAUAUUUUAGGAAUAUACCAAUGGUCUGAUUUCUCCAUAUAGUCUUUUUAUAUCGUCCCAUUUAUUUGUAAAUAGUUUCUGCUUUUCAUUCCUAAUUGUUUUUAUGUAUGUAUUAAUACCCGCACCGAUGUUUCUUCGCGAAUUUGGGGAAACUAGAAAUCGUUCCUGGAGAAAACUUGGGUGGAUAUGUCCACUCAGUGUAGUCCGUGGCGUCACAGAAUACUAUACAGAAGUCCAUCUCCAUUGUUUUUUUCGUAAAGCGCUAUUCGUCAUGAUUCGUCACUCAGCAAGUAUACCGUAAACAGAAGCAGUCACCCCCUGGAAAUAUUCAAAAUGGCACACGUCCAGGAGGUGACUGCUUCUGUUUACGGUAUACUUGCUGAGUGACGAAUCACGACGAAUAGCGCUUUACGCAAAAAAACAAUGGAGAUAGACUUCUGUAUACAGUGGCGUAGCUAGCGAAAUUCGACAGGUCCUGCUCUAAAACGCAAACAUUCUAGGGGGGUUCGGGGGCAUGCUUCCCCGAAAAAUUUUUAAUUUUAGAAGUCUGGAAUGGCCAUUUCCUGCGAUUUCACGGCAAAAUACUCCAAAGGCAGCAUAAAAAAAUUAGAUACUUUUCUAGAAAAAAAUUUGUCACUUUUUGAAAUCAUAUUUCCAUAUUUAUCAUAUUUCACUAUAUAUUUUUCAACUUAAAAAUUUAGCUAAAUAUAGUCAAGUCAGUGUAAGAGGAAAAUAUCAUGUUUUCAAUACCAACUACGGACCACUACGCUUGGUACUCUGAUUGUAUAAUGCCAUACGCUAUGCAUCUGGCUAUGGUAUUUAAAUAUAAUAAAAUUGCCGUAGCGUUUAAAGUAAAUAUAGUGUAUUAAAAUGCGGCCAAAUAUCUACAUAAAUAACAUAAACUUUGUAAAUCUAAAUGUUAGCUAUAUCAUUUUUAAACUCCAUAUAAGCGCUCGUGUUUCAUGUCUCGUUUCAUGCAAUGGCAGCAAUGCAUAAAGCAGAUGAACUGCCAAAUAUAAAUACGUUCAUACUUUAUAUCAAAAUACGACACAAAAUACAUGAUCGAGUAUGUUGACGUGCAUUUCGUGAGCUAAAAUAUCUUAGCAGAAGCCAGAAAUUAUAUCCAAAUCACAAUGGGCUUUCACGCUGAUUGAUUUCCAUAUUCAUCACUUGAGUAAUCUUGACAAAGUUAGUAAAAAGUGGGUUUAAUCACGCGGAAAGCUCGCAAGUAAAGACAAUACAAGGCCAAGUCCUGCCAUUUCGAGAGAGCAGGACUUCGCAUUUGUAAACAGCCGGUUUGAGCAUGCGCAGAUCUAAUUAUCCAAUCAGAAAGCAAGAUUUCUUGUAUGAAUUUACUAUGAAAUAUACUAGCAAGUCCUGCCAUUUGAAAAUGGCAGGACUGAAACACGAGCUCGUGUAAAUCAAUAUAUUGCCCGGAAAUGAGCUUUUAUAGAGUUGCAGUUGCUAGGUAACAGACACGGCAAGCUGUAAAAUUGCGUAAAUGUAAUAGAAUACGGAAAACUUUUAAAAAAUAAUAACGAAAAAGACGAGAAAAUUAUACAAAAUAACAGUAUGAUAAUAAUAUAUUUUUAAAGCUUCAAGGUAAAUAAACUAAUGUUUUAGUAAGAAAAUUUGGGGAAAUUUUUAGUCCUGCUGGGCAGGACAAGCAGGACCGCUAGCUACGCCACUGUCUGUAUAGUAUUCUGUGGUGGCGUCAGCACUGCAGGAUGUUUGAAUUAAUUAACCUUCCAAUUAUGCCGGCCAUUGUUUCGUCACAUCAUAUAGUCGCUAUACGUUGGAACUAGCCGGGCGUUGUUAUAUCUGACAAAAAUAGGGCCCACCGCGGCCCAUGGGUAUAGCUUAUAAUAAUUUUAUCUCAUAUUUUAUAAACUAUUUUCAUAGUAAUGGCGGUGUCCGUCAUUCUGUCGAAUACGAAAUUGUUCGUCGCUCGUUCGAAGCUGAAGCUCGGGACAAUUUUGAGGUGAGAGAAAAAUUAUAUUAAUUUUUCUGUUAAUGUAUAAGUUGGAAAAUGCCAACAACCAGGAAAAAUAGCGCGAGAGAUGCAUUUACACAGCGUAAUUUAGUGUAAUUUAUUUUCAUUUCCAGUCUGAACAGACCUUUCAAACUGGCUCGCCCGGAGAAUGGUAAGAUUUAAAACCUUUUUUUUUUGUCCAACCUUUUCAAACGCGUAUUGCAGAAUGCAAAUACAAAGCAAAAUGCAGCAUUAUAUGAUAGGUUCCUUAGCGGUCUCUAUAGCCAGCAAGUGACGAACUCUUGCUUGAAAGCAUGGCUGACUUCCAUAUACUGUUUUUACACGUGUACAAAAAUCGAUUCACAGGGUAUGGCACACCGGGCCAGUCAGGUUUUCCGCCCUCUUAAGUUGGCCACGGUAUAUUUCAGCUAAACGCAAAACAAGAUCCAAUAUACCUUUCCCCUUAUGAGUGAAAUUUUGAUCUAGAUAUGCCUGGACAAAAAUUUCAUCACAGCUUGAAAGAGCAUCACAAAAUUAGUAAUAUUCCGAAGUUUCGUUGCGAAAUGCUGUAAAAUGCGGAUAAUAUAGCCUUGCGAAGUUUGCCUUUUUUCAGUCAUUUUGCAUUACAAACGGGAAAUUGAUAAUCAGAUGAUCAAACUGAUUAUAAAUUUCCCAUUUGUAAUACAAAAUGACUGAAAAACGGCAAACUACGCAAGGCUAUAUUAUCCGCAUUUUACAACAUUUCGCAACGAAACUUCGGAAUAUUACUAAUUUUGUGAUGCUCUUUCAAGCUGUGAUGAAAUUUUUGGCUAGACUUGUCUAGAUCAAAAUUUCACUCGAAAGGGAAAGGUCUAUAAUUGCCACACACGAAACGUGGGAAUUAGGGGUUUGGGCUUGCAAAUUAGAAGAUCCUGCGUAUAUGAUGGCAUGCAUGUUCCACCAGAAUAAUUUGAAAAGUUUAAGGCUCCAAAAUGCCACAUAAUAGAGACCUUACGAUUUUAGGACGGCAACCGCGACGGCAACGGCUAUACCAAUACAAUAGAUCAUUGAAAAGAAUUGAGUAAUUACAAUAAAUGAAUAAUUUAGACAUUGUCCUCGCUCUGUUUACAACGCCGAAUCACAUAUUUUCACGUGUUGAUACAACGGCUGCAUUCCAAGCCACAACAAGUGCAACUUCAAACCAGGUUCAGCAGAACUCUUCCCAACUAUAGAACCCAUGUAUUCAACUUCUAAGACUGUAUUAAAUUCAUACGAUUGAUAAUAUACGACGAACUAUCGACUACCAUUUAUUUGAAGGAGUUUGUUUUGGCCGUCGGCGUUGCUGUUGCCGUCCCAAAAUCGUAAGGUCUCUAUUGAAGAUUUUGGACGCCAAAUAUGUUACAAAAACAUUGACUUUGGUCAGAGUAGAAUCGCCGAAUUAGCACAGUCGAACUACCUGGUAAAUGGCGUUGGGAAUUGAUCCCGCUUUAUGAACAAGACUUAUAUUCUCAGGGCGGCUUAAUCCCCUGUAAAAAUUGUUACGGGUGGUAAAGGCCACUAGUUUAUCAAAAUACUUCAUUGACCGCAAAAUUGGUCGUUUUGUUCACUUUGCCUUUUAGGCAACCAUCAUGAAUCAUCAUAUUUCAAUCUUACUCUUAUUGUUUUCGGGGUGGGAAUAUAGCCCUUAUCACCAUUUUUGGUUGAUUGGGGGUGGGAGCUAUAGCCCCCUUAGCGCCGUGAUUUGCUGCCCUUCAACUGACUGCAACACCGCUAACUGUUGUUGAAAAUGCAGUAUAUAGUCCUUUUUGCGUGAUGUGCAUCUGCAUCGUUUCUUUUGUGUUCUUGCAUGUAAUCCCUCAUGACCAUCAAUUUCACUCUGGAAGCUGCGGAACAUAUAAUAUAGUUUCGUGUCUAAAAUUUUAAAGUUCAUAAUUUUUACAUGCAUAAUAAAAAGCUAUAGUGUCACUGCAGCGCUUGUUAGAACAAUUUAAGACGCUCGAGUACGCAGGAUGUUUGGGGACAAAAACUCAAAAACGUGUAGUGAGUCACUUGAACUAUCCCAUGCAACGUCCAUGCAUGAUCAAAACAGAGCAAAAAUUGUCUGGGACUUUUUGUUCAAAAGAUGCUAAUUCUGAACGAUUUGUAAUUUUGUGAAAAACCUUUGAAUAAUCCUUCGUUUUGAGUUUAUUAAUAAUACAAAUAGUACUAGUCCAAAAAAUUAGCGAUGAAGCAAUGUUUUUUUAAAUUUUUUAAAACAUGCAUACAAUGUCAAGUGAGCUUUCAUUAAAACAUUUUCUAUCUAUAGGCUACUAUUAUAAUAUGCUUGUGUGAUGUUACCCUGAAUGUAUAUCCACACCGGGCAGGCUUGAAAAAUAUGCCUGGCCACGAUGGGAAUCGAACCUACAACCUUUGGAAUACUAGCCCAACGCUCUGCCAACUGAGCUACGCGGUCAGGUCGGUUUGAGUAUGCGAUAUUUCGGAACUCAGUCUAGUUCCUUCGAUAUCAGUGUAAUCUAAUAUUCAUGAUAUUUGCUGUGUUGGUGUAAUGUAUACUCAGGUGAAUAAGAUGCUUGUGUGAUGUUACUCUGAGUGUAUAUCCACACCGGGCAGGCUUGAAAAAUAUGCCUGGCCACGGUGGGAAUCGAACCUUCGACCUUUGAAUAUAAAAAAGUUUUAUUAAAAAUUUUAAAAGUCGUUUAGAAAUACACAUACUUUCACGUUAAACUUUCUACAAAAUUGAAGUCAUUAAAUACAAAAUUAUCACAGAUUCGUAGCAAACACCUUGUUGAUUCUUAGCAAAAGUAAGAAACUAAACAAAAUAUAAUCCGUCUAUUAGGCUGUUUAUACAGCUAGCGCUCAGAAACUGACGGUGAACAGCAGCAUUCAAUUAGUUUCAUUUUUAGAGGUUUUAUAUAUUUUCAUAUUAAAUUAAAUUGGAAAUAUGACAAAAUUAAAAAACGUCAAAAUAACAUUGCCACAAAUGGCCACUCGAUUUUGGUAGACGAAACUCGAAAGCCCGUUUUGCUCCCACGUGCAAUCAUCACUAGUCAGUGACAUUUUUAUAUCAGGGGAAUCUUGCGAAUUAUACACGAGGUAUUUUUGCAACUUUAUUUACAUUUUGCUCAGUGCUCAUUAUUUUCAUCAGUGACCUUUCCUGAAAUUUUGACCACAAAUAUUAAUUUUGGUAAAAAUUUAUAUAUUUCAAUUUUUAAAAAAAUCUUUCGAGUGCAUGAAAUCUUGUAAUAAAAUUUUCGCAUUUUAAAAAAUUGCGCACAAAAUAUUUUCAUCAACGUACAAUUGCAGAACAUCAUUUUCUAUUACAGUACAUCAAAUAAAAAAGAUUGGUCACCUAUCUCGCUUUUGAGAUAAAAUUUAGGUACAAACAAAUUUAUGAUUGAUUUAAAAUAAGCAUGUUUAUACUUUCGCCAUGCUGCUGUGCAUGGCAACAGUGACAUUGUGAAAACUGAGUUCUAUAAAUAUUCCACAUAUGUUAGAUAUUGGCUUCAAGUAGAAACGAAUGCAAGUUCAACAUCAAUACUGUAGGUUGCGCGUAUUUCUCCGACAUCUGAGAUAUCGAGGAAAUCGGCUUAUGUACGUAUAGGAAUGAGGGAUCCUCCAUUAGAUAAUUUUUCCAAAUUAUUCUUGUUCAUUUACAUUCGUCAGUUUAUGGGGUGAAUAGGUUUUCGGAUCGUCGGAUUCCGCCGAAAAGAUGUUUGGAUUUUGGAUCUGGCGAAUGUUUUACACGGAUUUUCGGAUCUUAUUAAUACAGCGGAUAGCGGAUUUAUGUAAUAUUUUGGCUCAGAUUGUGGAUUUUGCUUGCAAUUUAGUUCGGAUCCUGGAUUGUGACUUCAUAGUAGAACUUUUAGCGGAUCCAAAUUUAGACAAGACCAUGUCAGAUCGGCGGAUUUUGCUUCAAAUUUGGGCGGAUCGGCGGAUUUGUAUACCCCUAUUCAUCCCCCCGUUUAUAUGACAAAAAAAUUCGUUGCUUUGUAUAGCGGUCCCCAAUCCAUGCGAUCUGAUUAUUGUGUUUCAUCUCAAGAAUCCGAACACACGAUUGGUAAUCAGGUGAGGCUUUUUAAUUAUUUCAUGCGCAAACGUGUGCAUUCGUGUACAUAGAUAUAUUAAAAUUAAAUAGACUUGUUUUUAUGUUUCUUUAUUUGACAUGUAAAAAACUAUCUUUGUAGGUUGAAUCUUUGGUAUCCAUCGGGAGUGUGACAUUGGAGGAGAGGUGAGAGAUACUACUUCAAAUGUGAUAAAUACAGACACAUCAACAUCGACAAGCUCAAUCUAAACAAAAGUGCUGGCUACCCCAUUCCCCAUACUUAAAAAUUUGGUUACUUUUUAUACCUACGUUAGCUCAAAAAGAAAUAUUUUUAUUCUCCUCUAUAUUACAGGAGUAAUCAGUCUUUUUCGACUGGCCUAUAUCAAGGCUCUCAAACGUCUGAAAACAAGGUAGGAAAUGAUACACUGCAGAGUAACUAUGAUAAUUUAGAACAAUGAAAAGAUUUAAGAACGAAUCAAUUCCAGAAAGUAGGGGAAAUGUAGGAGGUGCAGACAAAGCCGGCCACAGCUGACGCGAUUUAUCCCGAGCCAACCCGUUCCAAGCGUAAACCCGUGGCGAGGGUACUAAUUCUGCACGGUUAAUUUUACCCUGGUAUGUGAAAACAUAGCGAAGUGCAAAGUGUUUGUUUAUAAUUGUCUUAAUACUUCUUGUGGAGUUUUUCAUACUUUACCUGUUAAGAAAGGCGAGGGGUUGCUGCAUGCAUGUAAUUUCUAUAGUUUGGCAUAAUACGACUGUAUCUUCAUCAUUGACGCUUUUGACCUGAUCCAUCCACUCCCUGAUCCAUCCAUCACGAUUCAAUGAUUGGAAUGCUCCGAUCGGUUUUCUUACAAUAGGUUUGGAAAUCCUGUUGUUCUCCAUUAUAUCUAUUGACAUAAUGUUAGCCUUUAUUCAAACGACUUAGAAAGGAGUAACCACACACAAAUUUCUCAAACGCACAACCUAAACUACUUCCCAAAUUAUUAGUUUCUUUAUGUUCCGCAUAUCAGUCAUGAUCAUGCAAUGCAUGAAUAGUUCAUCACAAAACUUUUUUUGUUUACAGACUCAUUCUCUUACCAGUGAAAUUCCAAUGGAUAGCACUCAUGAAAGGUGAGAAAUGUUAGAAUUAGAAAUUAAAUGUAAUGCAAUGUACGUGACACUAUAUCGUAGUGCACGUAUAGAUAGCGUUUAACUUUUUGUUUUAAAAUUUUAAAAAUUAUUUUAGACGCGUGAACAUGAAAUAUAUGUAUCACUGCGUAUUCCAGACAAUAAUAGAGGUCUGCUAGAGAUUACUGCAUCAAAAAAAUUCGCGGACGACGGGUAAUAAAUGCGUUCGUGUUCCUCUCGUGAACUAAAAAGAUGUUCAGUUCUACACAAUACCCACUUUACUAACCAACAUACGUAUUCAUUUCAUUCUGUGUUAGAAUUCCUACUUAAUAUUUUUUAAGUAUCCAUGAUGUCAAGGUAAAGAGACGUAACAUUUUGCGAGAAAAGUUACUGAAAUGGAAAAUUGUUGAGAACAACCAAGUCAUGCCAUUACCAAAGUGUGUUCCGCCGCCCUAUAUAACAAAAGUUAUCGAUGGAGAAACUCUUACUCAAGUUGCCAUGUCAAAAGGCAAGAUGAUCAGUAUAAUACAAUGA